AUGGAUAUUGCGUACUAUGACGAAGCUAUCAAUAAGUAUUGGAUACACAGAGAGAAAAUGUUGGGAGAGCCAAUCCCAAAACACAUUGCGAAGAAGAUAGCUGCACAGCGUGAAAAGAAGGGACUUCCUCCUCUAGAAGCUACUGACGAGCCUAUGUGUAAAAAGAAGAAGCGCGAAAAGCCAACUGUUGACAUCCGGAAGAAAUACGAAGAGCAGCCCGAUUUUAUCACAGAAACGGGAGGAACGCUCCAUCCCUAUCAGUUGGAGGGUAUCAACUGGUUGCGGCAUUGCUGGUCAAAUGGAACUGAUGCGAUUCUUGCUGAUGAAAUGGGUUUGGGUAAAACUGUGCAGUCUCUUACGUUCUUAUACUCCUUAAUGAAAGAGGGUCACUCCAAAGGACCUUUCCUCAUCGCAGCACCACUAUCAACUAUCAUCAAUUGGGAAAGAGAGGCCGAACAAUGGUGUCCUGACUUCUACAUCGUCACAUACGUUGGCGACCGUGAUUCGAGAAUGGUUAUCCGCGAACACGAAUUCUCCUUUGUUGAAGGAGCAGUGAAGGGUGGCCCUAAAGCUUCACGUAUGCGAUCGCAGGAAAAUAUGAAGUUCCAUGUUCUUCUUACAUCUUAUGAAUGUAUCAAUAUGGACAAG